AUGGCCACCAACGAUUACUACCAUCACAAUACCCCCCAACCGCCGAGCUAUGAUCAGGCGACGCCGGGGAGAAUGGACCAACCACUGCCACCAGUGCCUGGAUAUGGCUAUUCCAGUUACCCGUCUAACCACGAUGACCCGUCCGCCCCUUACCACUCUCGCCAUAGCCAGCAGUCCUUCGCCUCUGACACGGGCGCAUACCAAACGACCGGGCGCGUAGGGGACAAUGACCCAUACGCAGAGAAUAUUCCCCUCAAGGCGCAGACACAAGGCCAUAACCCGGACUGGAUGUAUCAGCAAACGCAGUAUCCGCCAUCUCCAGGGGCCGCCGAGGAUCGCCGCCAGCGUGCACCCCGAGCGAAGAAGGGCUUUUUCCGCAAGAAGCCUGCCUGGGUGACCUAUACCUUGACGGUCAUACAAAUUGUGGUGUUCAUCGUGGAACUGGUGAAAAGUGCCCAGUUAACGGGGUCGGCAAUCGAAACAAAACCCCAGUUCAACCCCAUGAUCGGCCCUUCGCCGAUGGUCCAGAUCUCUAUGGGAUCGCGAUAUGCUCCCUGCAUGAAGAACAUCGAGGGGGCUCAGGAUGCCCAGAAACCCACCGUCUGGCCCUGUCCCAAUGCCACUACGAAUAUUUUUGAGUGUUCGCUAUCAGAGCUAUGCAGUUUUGGCGGCGUGCCCAAUCCUCACCCCGGAGGAUCCUUGAAAGAUAACCCCGCGCCCAACCAGUGGUACCGGUUCAUCAUCCCCAUGUUUUUGCAUGGUGGGUUUAUUCACAUCGGUUUCAAUUUGCUGGUGCAGAUGACCAUGGGUGCGGAUAUGGAGCGGACUGUUGGCUUUUGGCGGUAUACCUUGACGUACCUGGCCAGCGGCAUUUUCGGGUUUGUGCUCGGAGGAAACUAUGCGGCGCAGCUCCAGCCAAGUAACGGCUGCUCCGGUGCGAUCUUCGGCAUUUUUGCUCUCUACCUGCUGGAUCUCCUGUACGAUUGGCCCCAGCGCGAGUCCCCGGUCGUGGAACUGGUGGUUAUGGUGCUGGGUGUCGGCAUUUCCUUUGUACUGGGUCUCCUGCCGGGACUGGACAACUUCUCGCAUAUUGGCGGGUUUGUCAUGGGCUUGGCUAUCGGCCUGUCUGUUAUGCGGUCCCCCAACGCCUUGCGUGAGCGAAUUGGCCUCGCGCGCCAGCCGUACGUGGCAAUGAGCGGUGGAGCUGGUCAGGCCGGCCCUGAGCAGAAGACGACCUCUUUCAAGAACUUUUUGAAAGGGAAGGGAGGCCUUGCAUCCUCGGAUGGCAGUCGCAGUGGUUCGAAGAGCCCGUUUAACUUCUUCAAGGGCCGGAAGCCGCUCUGGUGGGCUUGGUGGCUUGUCCGCGCAGGAGCGCUCGUUGCGGUGACUGUUGGAUUCAUUGUGUUGAUUGUCGACUUCUACAAAUACCCCAAGUCCAACUGCUCCUGGUGCUACCGGCUGAGUUGCCUGCCGGUUCGCGAAUGGUGUGAUGAGCAAAAGGUGCAGACGGUCCAGUAG